AACAUAUGUAUUAAGAAAACCCAGCAGUUGUUAUUGAUAAUGGUUAAACAUAUUGCAAAGCAGGUAUUGCAGGAGAUGAUGCUCCAAAAGGCUGUUUUCCUGCAGUUGUUGGAAGACCUAAACAUUAAUUUAUGGCUGUUAUGAACAGCUAAAAAUAUGUUGGAGAUGAGGCUUUGGCAAAGAGAGGUCUUUUAGAAUUAAAUUACCCAAAUUAUAUAGGUAGUGUCAAUAAUUGGGAUGGUAUACAAUGUGUAUAUAAAUAAUAUAGAUAUGGAAAAACUUUGGCAUCAUGUAUUAUUUAAUGAAUUGAGAGUUUCACCAGAAGAUCACCCAGUUCUUUUAACUGAAGCUCCAUUGAAUCCAAAACAUAAUAGUGAAAAGAUGACAUAAAUAUUUUUCGAAAAAUUCAAGGUGCCAUCAUUUUAUGUUGCUAUUCAAGCAGUGCUCUCACUUUAUAGUUCAGGAAGAAUAACUGGUAUUGCUGUUCAUUCUGGAGAUGGUGUUUCACAAAUAGUCUCAAUUUAUGAAGGUUAUGCACUUCAAGAUUCUUUUCUUAGAAUUAAUUUGGCAGGAAGACACUGUACACAAUAUUUGGUAAAAAUCUUUGAGGAAUUGGGUGUUUAAUUCACAAAAUAUGAAAUGGAAACAGUCAAAGACAUCAAAGAGAAAUUGUGUUAUGUUGCUCUUGAUUAUGAAGACGAAAUGAAGAAAUAUAAAGAAAGUGCUUCUAAUAACAGACCUUAUGAAUUACCAGAUGGAAAUGUUAUCGUUAUCUAAAACUAAAGAUUUAGAUGUCCUGAAUUACUCUUCCAACCAUCCUUUAUUGGUCUUUAAGUUUCAGGUAUCCAUGAAUUAACUUUCUAAUCAAUUAUGAAAUGUGAUUAUUAUGUAAGAAAGGAUCUGUAACAAUUUUAAAUUUAUAUAUUAGUUUUCAAAAUAUUGUCAUGUCUGGGUGUACAACAAUGUUCCCAGGAAUCGCAGAAAGAUUGAGUAAAGAAUUAACAUCACUUGCACCAAAAUAAAUGAAAGUCAAAGUUGUUGCACCACCUGAAAGAAAAUUUUCAGUUUGGAUUGGUGGAUCAAUUUUAUCUUAAAUAUCAACAUUCUAAGAUAAAUGGAUUACAAAAUCUGAAUAUGAUGAAAGUGGUCCAGCCAUUGUCCACAGAAAAUGUUUCUGA